AUGCGGGCACAGCACAGGUGGGUGCCAACUUUGCUUGGGUGCAGAAAGGGGGCCCUGUGGGUGGGCUGGGUCCAUGCACCUGUUUGCCCCAGGUGAAUCCAGGUUUAGAUCCCUGCCCAGGUGUGGGGCAUCCCUGCAGAACAGGCCUUCCCUCGUCUCUUCUCCUCAGUUUCCCUCCCGUUAUAUCUGCUGCUAGGAAGCCUGGCUCAGUGCCUGGGGUGGAGGCCUGUCGGCCAGAAAGCUGACCAACUGUGGACCCCACUGGGCACUGGGUGGUCUGGAGUCAGUCACCUGCUGAAGGAUGGCCUUGUAGCAGAGUCGGUCCAUGUGCAUCGGGGGCUGGGCACCUGCUGAGUUGCCCCCAGAACCGGAGGAGGCGUGGGAGGUGGCACCCAGAGGAGGGGGAAGCCAGGGUCCCCAGAGUCCCCCCUCCAGUGCUGUGCUCCUGCCCUGGCCUGUGGUUCAGCCGUGGAGCUUUUGUUUGGACUCAGAGGUCCCAGACUCAGUUCCCCAUGGCAUCUCCUGGUGGGCCUGAUAAAAGACUCCUUUUCUUCCUAGAACCAUGGGGAGCUGCUUCUGUCGCUCAGUAUCCACUGCACUUUUUAAUUAUUUCCUCCUGCAAAUGUUGACCAAAAUGCAAUAUUUAACAGUCACUAUGCUUUAUAAUCUACUUUGAAUUGACAAAUUCAAAAAUAUGUUUUAUCCGCAAAGAUGUAAACCCCAAAGCACUGUUCAGCUGAAUAUUUAUUUAUUUAUUCAUUUAAUUUCCUUUAUGAAUUGCUUCUCGUAAAGCUUCCCAAAGUGAUUUCACAAUGAAAACAUAUGUAUAUACAGACUGGCUUAUCCACACCUCCCCCUGUUCUGCUGCUUCCCUCACCCUCCUGGAAAAAACUCUGCUCUUUAGUGCUCAAUCGGAGCUAACAGGAAUUUGGGUUUUCCCCAGAUUGCCAUUUGUUCUGAUGCAUCACUAAAGAGCGGGUUUUCCCUUGGAAGGCAGAGGGGCAAAGGGAAAACUCAAGCAGGAAACUGCCAGGACUCUCCUGUGUAUGACAGCUAUGUACAUUUUACAAUUUGUUAUGUGCUGUAAGCCGCCCACAAUGGCUGGGGAAACCCGGCCAGAUGGGUGGGGUAUGAAUAAUAAAAUCAUCAAGGAAUCAGCAGGGUCUCACUUCUACAGCUUCUCCUCUGCAGUGAGCAGGGUCUCUCCAGCAACUCCUCUCCACUGCCAUGUGGUUGUUCUGCAGGAGAUUUUCUGAGGGGAUCGUGCCCCAUCAUAGCUGGGCAGGAGAGGAGGAGACUGCUGCCUUUUGGAGGGGGGCGGUCUCCCACCUCAGGCAGCCCCAGAGUGGUUCUGGCAAUUCCUGGGCUUCUAACGAACAAUGCAAGACUUGCUGGCAACACAGACCUGGAGGACCCUAAGUCAGAGUGAGAUUCAGGUCUCACUCCCAAUAUCCGUUUUGAGUUCCAAGAGCCAGCCUAGAAGACAAAGUUGAAUGGGAGUGCCACUGAGCACGUACAGAAUGCCCCCCACUUCUGGGAUCAGGGGCGUGACUUCCCAGCAGGCCCCUCUCUGCUGCUGAAGAACCUGAUGAACUUUUAAAAUGAUAUUAUUUCUGAUUUAAGCGCUUAAAGCUCUUCCCAUACCUUUGCACAACCAGCCAUCCUUACAACAAAGCCAUGAGGCAGGGCCAAGGACUUCACGGUUGAGCUGAGAUUUCUGGUGUGGCUCAAAGCUCAGACUCUUAACCACUGUUAUGUUAAUGCUCCAGCCCUUUCUCCACUCUCAGCCCCCUCUUCCUUUCCACCCCGCAGGUUCCUCUUGCUCACGGCAGCUGCGGUUCUGCUCCUGGCCAUUGUGGUGGCAGAUGGUGAGUUGCAGUUGGCACUUGGGUGGGUGGAGGGGGGGCCCUGAAGUUGGGGGUGUGGGACCCCCCAGAAAGGAAAGAGAAAGAGGCACUUGUAGCUGGCCAGCAUCCUGCAAAGCAGAGAAGCAGCUUGCACCCCAUAUACACAACCUCUGAGCGGUGAGAGACUCCAGGGAUUCCCAGCACUUUUCCACUGCUCAGUUCCUUGGGAAGAAGGUGGGCGGUUUAGAAUACAGGGGUUUCAAAAAGACAUAUCUGCAAUGAGCAUAGGCUGGAGGAGCUCAUAGCAUUAACCCCACAACAGAUCCUGCUGCUAUAUUAGUCGUAGCUUUGGAUCCAGCACAGAUCAAGCAGGUGUCUGUGUCUCCGGCUCCCGGCCUGCUUGAAGCUCACAUGCUCUGGCUAUUGUUCUCCUAAAUAGCAGCCAGGAGAGGGGAGGGUGGCAAAAAAGCCCCCCCCCCCCAUUAGCCUGGAGGGCCCCCUCCCUUAGUGAAAGCUCUUGCAUCCCAGCUCACGCUUUUGCGAUGCUGAUGAGGACAAUUAAGCAGCCAGCUACGGCCAUGGGUAGGCAAACUAAGGCCCAGGGGCCGGAUCCGGCGCAAUCGCCUUCUCAGUCUGGCCCACAGACGGUCUGGCAAUCAGCGUCUUUUUACACAAGUAGAAUGUGUCCUUUUAUUUAAAAUGCAUCUCUGGGUUAGUUGUGGGGCAUAAGGAAUUCGUUUGUUUUUUCUUCUUCAAAGUAUAGUCCGGCCCCCCACAAGGUCUGAGGGACAGUGGACCAGCCCCCUGCUGAAAAAGUUUGCUGACCCCUGCUCCAACUAGUUCAGGAACCUCCUCUGUACAAUUCAAACCCUUGCUGGGUACAGGACCCCGAGAAAUGGAGGGGACUUGGGGCAUCAUGCAGACUGACCCUCACAACCCAUGACAAUGAUAAUAAACAUCCGCUUCUCUCUCCCUCUUUGCAGAGCCCCUGAGCUCCCCAAGUCCCACGUCCCCCCCAGGCAGCCAGACAACAGGUACGUCUAAGGGGACUUGACUUUUGAGGGGCAAAGUCCUUCCCCUUUGCAGGCAGAGCAGCUGCUCCACUUGCCAGGGCAGGAACCAAGUGCUGCUGUGAUCAGCUCAGCUCCUGGAGCGAAGGACUGGGUCCCAGGGAUUCACUUUCUUGCUCCAGAAUCCCCUGCGAUGAAGAGAGCAGCAGAAAGGCUCCAGAAAGCAGGAAGGAAAGCAGACUUCCCACAGUCCUCCAGCUCCAGAUGUUUGGGACUACAACUCCCAUCAGCCUGAGUCAGGCACCAUGCUGUCUGCUGGAAGCUGCAGUUCCAAACAUCUGGAGGGCACCAGGGUGGGGGCAGCUGGCCUGAACCUGUUUGGGGCUCUGGGUGGCUGAGGGGGAAAUGCCCAAAGGGGCUUCAUUGCACGGGACCCCCGGCCCCCUUCAGCUUCUCUCUCUCUCCCCGUCUCUUUCAGAGCCCAUGGCAAACUCAGAGCCCAUCAUCUCUGGUAAAUCGGAGGCCUCGGGAGAAAGUAAGUGGAAUCCUGGAGGCCAGAGGAUCAGAGAAUCAGAGAAGUCCAGCCCCUAAUAAUAAUAAUAAUAAUAAUUUAUUUAUAUCCUGCCCAUCCAGCAGAAAUCACAGCUAAAUAAUCUCUGAGAGAUGGCUCAAGCCAGGGAGAGAUGGCUGUGGUGGCUCAGGUGUGAGAGUGACGCCCUCUGCUCAUGCCCAGGGACACUCUCGCCCUUGCUGCUGCUUCACAACAUCCAGCUGGAGAAGAGCUCUAGCAGUCCAAGGGUGGCCACAAACUGCUGCCUGCAUGAGUUGCAUGCCCCCCUUACACCUUCCUUGGCCAUGCAGAGGCUCAGCCCCUGAGCUGGGUCCACGUUCUGCAAUGAGCUGUUCAAGCUUGGGACUUGCUUUGGCUCCUGACCAACAGCCCACAGAGAGAUGGAGGCCUUGGCUGGAAUGUCAUCCAAUGUCUAGAGGCUAAAGGGUUGUGGGGAGGCAGAAGAUGGAGUGGGGUUCAGCCUCUCUGCCGUGCAUCAUUUGAACACCUGUCUCCAUGUCCACAGGUGAGAUCGGAACUCCUGCGGAUCCCAUGACCACAGGUAGGCAUGACCCAGCAAACUCCCCUCCCCUCCCCCAGCCCCCUUUGUGCCCCUUUGCCUCCUGAGCCCUCCAACUGGCCCCCUCUCUGUUGGAGGACACAGCUGUGUAUUCUGGGACCCCUGAAUGGACCGGCUGCCCCCAGGCGAGGUGGAGGGUGUGCUGUCCCCAUUGCCAGCCCACGACUCGAAGGCCUGACCCAGCUGCCAGUUAAGGCAGCUUCCCAGCAGCCAAGGGGUGGGGAGCACCUUGUCCUUUGGACCUCAGGUGGCAAAAUGCCUUGGGCUGGGCUGGCACCAUCCCUGCUCACUUUGAGGGCCCCCUGCCCCACAGUAUGACCCCCUCAUACCCAGAGGCAAUGCCCCUGUUUGCUGAUUCCUCUCUUACUCCAUCCCAUCCAUGGACAGAGGUGGCCCCCGUGAGCUUUGCAGGGGCCGAUCGAGCCCACACAGAUGAGGUCAACGGGGACAUGAUGCUCAACAGUGAUGCCUCCAACCUCGGAUCCUUCAGCUUGGACCCGCUGCCCGGAGACGCCCAGAGUGGUACGUCUGCCAGUCUGGCUGCCCUUGCCUUCUCAUGGGUCCAUAGAAUCUUAGGGAUCCUGUGGGUCAUCUAGUCCAACCCCCUGCAAUGCAGGAACCUCAUGUAAAGCAUCCAGGUGGCCCCUGCCUAUGAACCUCCAAGGAAGGAGAGUCCAUCACCUCCUGAGGGAGUCCGUUCCACUGUCUAGCAACCCCUCCUGUCAACUCCCCUAUUGCCUUCUUAUGGGGGCUCCGACCUCAGCUGCCCUGACUUACAAGCCAGCCCUCCCCCAGGCCUGGCUGUGACUCCACAGAAAGCCCUGCCAGUGUCUCUUCUGAUCCUCUCAAGCUUCGGGUCCAGAGGGGCCAACUUGAAUAAAAUAUGGGGCGUCCUGCUAAGCCCCGCCCCUCGAUCACAUGAUGCGGUCGCACGCACAACAAUUGAAUGGCAAUGCCCAUCAAAUGGGGGGGGGGCUCUUAGGAGAUGGCUCCUAUGUUCGGGUCAGUUCGCAAAACCCCAGUGUCACCUGGUCAUACUGGCAGGAGCUGAUGGGAGAUGUAGUCCAUCUGGAGGGCACCUUCUUGGGGACGGAGAAGAGCUGCUGGCUCCUUGGAGACCUUUGAAAACCCCCUUGGGAGGGCAGUGGAAGGUCCUUGAGACCCAUCGCUGCCCAGGCCACCUCUGAGCCCCACGUGCCCAUCUGUGGGAUAUGGAAGGGACCUCUGUCUCUCUCUGGUUUCUCUAGGUCCCGCCAUGGAUGUUCCUGCUCAUUCCCACGAGUCCCAAGAAAGUAAGUUCUUCCCGGGUUGAGGGUCACAUCAGGGGUCUUGGAAAAUGGGCGACUCCACAGAGGGUCUCUUGCACUUGAUGUGAAGCCUCUAUGUGGGGAGAACCCCUCCAGAGGGCUGUGCAAGGCUGUCCUGGGGGAGUCAAGCAGCAUGGGAGACUUAGGGGAGACCCGUCUGGGGCAAGGCUUGGCUCAAUGGUUGCUACUCAUGGUGCUUCUGCCUCUGAACGGCAACUGCUGGGAAUCACAAGGGGGAAAAUGGCUCUUGCGCACAAAUCCUGCUUUUCGGUUUCCCUUAAUGGGCAUCUAGUUGGAUGCUGGACUGGGUGGGGUCCCUUGGGCCCGAUCCUGCAGGCUCCUCUUCCCUUUAUUCUAGCUGUAAUCUGGGAUGUUUUCCUCCCCAGGCUUGGACCAUGAAGUGGAUUCAGAGGAGACCCUCGCCUCCCAAGAUAAGUGUCCCACGAAGGGCCACAGCACUGGUUGGCCCCGGGGAGAACAGGCUGCUGGCCUGA